CCCUACCAAAUUUACCUGUCUUCACUCCUAAUUAGCUAUAAGUGCAAAAAGCUUUUACAGGUUAGAAACCACACACAAUAUUUAGAAUUUACAGAAUAGAGCAAUUCAAGAUGGCGACGACACUAUUCCGAACAGCUCCCACUGUGCGAGCAGCUUUGCGCGCAAGCUCCAUGAAACCCGGCGUCGCCGCGCUGGCCAGCACCUCUUUCGUCCGAGGCAAAGCAACCUUACCCGACCUCUCUUACGACUAUGGCGCACUUGAACCCUACAUCUCCGGCAAGAUUAUGGAGCUCCACCACAAGGGCCACCACCAGACCUAUGUCAACGGCCUAAAUAGCGCACUAGAGACCAUUGAAGAAGCUAAGGCCAAGGGCGACGAGAUCCAAGCAGCCGCUGCUGCUCCCCUGCUCAACUUUCACGGUGGCGGACACAAGAACCACACUCUGUUCUGGGAGAACCUAGCUCCGAACAAUAAGGGAGGCGGUGGUGAGCCCCAAGGUUCUUUAAAGUCCGCCAUCGACAAGGACUUCGGCUCCUUUGAAACCCUCCAGAAGCAGAUUAACACAGCCCUAGCAGGUAUCCAAGGAAGCGGUUGGGCUUGGCUGGUCAAGGACAAGUCUGCUGGUACCCUACAGGUUAUCACCAAAGCAAACCAGGACCCGGUCAUUGGAAACCAUGUCCCGCUACUAGGUAUUGACGCUUGGGAACACGCUUACUACCUACAAUACCAGAACCGCAAGGCCGAGUACUUCAAUGCCAUCUGGAAUGUCGUCAACUGGGGUACCGUGGCUAAGAGGUUGGAGAAGGCGUAGAGCGUGGCAGCUUUACUGUAGGUAAUGAAACGACACGGCAAACUUAAGCCCUUGUUACGUGUGAAUUUAAUAUGAACGAAUCUGCUGGGUACACGAGUUUAUGAGCGAGUCUAAGCAGGUAUUGAGCUAGUAUAUUUAUCAAUAAGUACAAUUGUCUCAAUUAGAACGGCUAAGCAUGAUGUUCAGUAGUUUCUCUCAUCGUUAUUAAAGCUGAAAAGCUAUUGCCUGCCAUCAAACGGUCGAAACACACUUUUCCAGACACAGGUUAUCUUUUGAAUGCAAUCAUGAGGUUAAAGCAAAGAGCAGAAAAUUACAUUAGUGAUACAGCGGUCUCCAGG